AUGGGGGCUUUUCGUUCCUUGUUUGGCCUUGGCUUGGUGGCGGGCUUGCUAGCGUUUUGGCUUCCUGUGAUUGUCCAUUUUGUAAAAAUUGGUGGUGUAUUUGAAACUCCAACACCGACGAUUCUAGGAGAAGGUCAAGGUCCUAUCCGCAUUGAGGAUACCAUCCAUUGCGAGGACGUGCACCACUACCGCCCGGCCAACUUGUUGUUUACCGCGUGCGAAGAUACCAAAGACACUCGUUUUGACUGGUUCCCGGGCCUAGGCCAUCUGACGCCUCAUCCACCAGCCCGUGGAUCGAUUCAUGUGAUUGACCCAAAAACAUUCAAGUCCAAGAGGCUGGCUUUUACGAACUUCAAGGGCUCAUUCGUGACCCAUGGAAUCGACGUCAUUGAGGAUCCCACGCAAGAGGACGCGGUGUAUAUCUUUGCCGUUAACCACUUGCCUAACCCCGAAUAUUUUGAGUCAAAUGAAACUUCAGGAGAGAUCUUCAAGGCACGGUCUCAGAUUGAGCUGUUCCGCCACGUCUUGCAGUCGAAUUCGGUGCAGCAUGUCCGUUCCAUUCUCCACCCGCUCGUUAGCACCCCCAAUGACAUCCACGCCGUCAGCCCGGACUCGUUCUACGUGACUAAUGAUCACUUCUACCGAGAUGGCACCAUGCGUCUUAUUGAGGAUGUCUAUCCGCGCGCUAAGUGGUCGUCCAUCAUCCACGUCCAGCUGACCGAUCUGGCAACGAGCGAUGCGACAGCCGGCAUUGAGGCCUCAAUUGCUCAUACUGGUCUCUGGAACAACAAUGGCCUCGGUCAUGGUCGCACUAAGAACGAAGUGGUUAUCUCCAGUGCUAUGGGCGGCGAGCUCUAUCUGGCUGAUCGGCACGCGACCAACAACACACUUUCCGUGCACACUACCAUCCCUUUUAGCACAGUAACGGAUAACCCUAGCUAUUAUGCUGAUCCUUACCGAACUGUCUCAAAUGAUGCAAGUGGCUUUGUGGUCGCUGGUAUCUCACAGCACCUCAAGCUGGCCAAAACUGCAAAAGACCCGAAUGGCCUUGACCCAGUGCAGGUCUGGUACGCCCGCCCUCAGGCAGGCAGUGCAUCUGUUUUGGUCCCAAUUGAGCCCGAGAAUGGCAAGAAGAUGGCCUGGUUGUUCGUGACUGGAUUUUUGUCGGAGUCCAUGGUGGCUGUACAAGUUGAGCUGUAA